CCAGCGCUGACGUGGCGGGAGCCAGAACAAGGUUGGGACUUUUCGGGGUUCAGGGACCAAGAUGAGGCGCGCGGGCCUAGGCGAGGGGGGGCCGCCCCCCGGACACCACGGCUAUGCGGCCAGCGGCUACAACGCCUUCGAGGAGGAGAACGACAGGUUGACGGAGAGCCUGCGCUCCAAGGUCACGGCCAUCAAGUCGCUCUCCAUUGAAAUAGGGCACGAAGUGAAGCAUCAGAACAAAAUGCUAGCCGAGAUGGACUCUGAGUUCGAUUCGACGACUGGCUUUCUGAGCAAAACCAUGGGAAGGCUGAAGGUGCUGUCCCGAGGGAGCCAGGCCAAGCUCCUGGCCUACAUGGCCCUCUUCACCCUCUUCGUCUUCUUUGUCAUUUAUUGGCUCAUUAAAUUGAGAUGAUGCCAGCGGCUCUAAGGUUCCCAUUUGUGCCGCCACAGGCAGCCGCCUCCCCUCUCCGGCCCAGGGGCCGGGGGCCGAUUCCCCCUCCCGUGGGGGCCAGGCUGGCACCCAGGAGCUCGGCCUGCUCCUGGUCCCAGAAUCCCAGCUGAGGGAGCAAGUCUGGGCUUUGGGAAGAAUGAUGUCCCCUGCAGUGCCUCUGGGGUCAGGGCCAAUGGUUCGCUCUCCACAUUCCCCUGUUCCUCCUCUCCCGUCUUCUCUCCUCCCUCCUCCCCCCCCAGGCUGUUCCCACCGUCGAGAUUCCACCUGGAUAGACCUGGUGGCGUUGCCCUUCCUCCUCUCAGCAUUCCUCCCUGUUGGUCUGGAGGACUAUUGGGGGUAGAUGCAGCAGCGGAGUGCCUUGGAGAUGAAUUUCCCAAGCGGUGACUCGAACUCGGGCUGACCCUCACUUCUGCCCUUUGUGACCGCGUCAUGGGGCAAGCGAUGAGAUCUCAGCAGGUCUCGGCUCCGAGAGCCCAGUGCUCCUGACGGACUUCCGCCCUGGGCAUCCCUGGCGCGCCCGGCCUUUCCUUGGGGCUCCUCACACUGUUGCUGUUCCCUGGUGAGCUCGAGGGGUCUGGCCCGGCCACUCGGGGAUCGUCUUCGUUAGAGAAUUGAAAAAUAAAUUUGCUUUAAAGGCA